AUGACAAGUGAAGAAGUGACAUACGCAGACCUGAGGUUCAUGACACUGAAAAAAUCCCAGGACCAGGAGCUCCAGACUGCCAGAACAAAAGAUUCUCCCAGUCCAUCUUCCUGUUGGCGACUGGCUACAGUGGUACUUGGGGUCUUCUGCCUAAGUUCAGUGGCAGCUGCAGGAGUCUUGGCUGCCAGGUUCAUCCUGGUCUGCCACCUUGUGCAUACAAGGGAUGAAAACUUCACCCUGCAAAAGGCAAUUAUGGAAAGCCUCAACCAGCAGCUGGAACUCCUCCAGGCUCAGAAUUUGAACUUGACAGAGACUGUAAAGCAACUUGCCACCUCCAGAGGACAGAAAUGUAUUCCUUGUCCUGAUAACUGGCUACAGUAUGGGGAGAACUGCUACCACUUUUCAAAGGAAUGGAAAACUUGGCAAGAAAGCAAGGCUCAAUGCUCUGCUCUGGAGUCCAGACUUCUUAAGAUAGAGAGUAAGGAAGAGCUGGACUUCAUAAUGCAACUGUCACAGUCUUACAGUUCUUACUCUUUCUGGAUUGGGCUGUCUCGCAACGGAGCUGAGGGGCCCUGGCUGUGGGAGGAUGGAUCAGCCUUCUCCCCUGAUCUGUUUCAGAUCCAACGAGUCAGCUCAAGUCCUUUCCUAGACUGCGUGUGGCUUCAAGGUGCAAACGUAGACACUUCACAGUGUGGCGAGUACAAAUUUUACAUUUGUGAGAAAGUGGUGGAUCCUGUGGUAGUCAAGCAAGCAAGCUACUUGGACAGGCACUAG